AUGGCUGUCAGCUGGAGCAGGAGCUCUCGGAUCCUGAUGGGCCAGCUGCCACGCGGCAGCGUUGGAAGUAACAGUGUUGCAAGACGUGCCGCUUCCUCCGCUGCAAGACCAACCGACGACGUAGAUCCAUACUCUGCCUCGUCAUCACGCCUAGCUUCCUCGAGUUCCAAUCUGCCUCAUUCCGGUGACCGCAGUAGGACGUACGGGCAACCGCUUCCCCACUCGCAUCCACACCUGUUCCCAAGACGCGGUGUGCUAGGCUCCGAAGAUGCGAUUCUGCGACCCGGCGAUGCCGUACCCUCCGGCUCGCUGUACGACGACGGCGUCGGCACCGUAGCUACCGAGCAGCUCACACCUGGCAUCCCAAAAUCCGAGUACGAAGAUCGACGCAAAAGGCUUAUGGAUCGUCUACCGGACAGCAGUGUCGUCGUUGCCAUGUCGGGUCGAGUCAAGAGUAUGAGCGGUAACAUCAUUUACAAGUUUCGCCAAGAGACCAAUUUUUGGUACUUGACAGGGUUCCAAGAACCUGAUUCCGCCGUGAUCCUCGAGAAGGAUAUGAGCAGUCCGCGCGGCUACAAGAUGACCAUGUUUGUUCAGAAGCGCGACGAGCAUAACGAGACCUGGAACGGUCCUCGUACAGGGCUCGAUGGCGCAGUCGACAUCUUUGGCGCCGAUGAGAGUUUCGAGCUGGAUGCAGCCAUUUUUCUGAACCACCUCAAGCAAAUCUUGCCCAAGUACACCCACAUUUAUGUCGAACCACCGCAUCAGCCCAGCACGCCCCGACGCGGAACUACGGCGUCCACGAAGGCAGGCAACAUUCUCAACUACCUCAGUCCACCUAGCACGAGCUCGUUGGAUCUGUUUUCGAAAAAGUCGGAUUUUGAAGCGGUAGUCAAGCUGCUCGGCGAUACACGCAAGUGCCACUCUCUGGCACGCGAGGUGGAACGACUCCGUUUCAAGAAGUCGCCCAACGAGAUCCGUGUCAUGAAACGUGCCGGACGAAUCAGCGGCGAAGCUAUGGCCGAGACUAUGGGGUUCGUCCGUCCUGGUGUAUCCGAAGCGCAGCUGCAGGCCGUGUUUGAAUACCACUGCAACUUGCGUGGAUCGCAACGUCCCGCAUACGUGCCCGUUGUAGCCUCUGGAGCCAACGCGCUGACGAUCCACUAUGUCAACAACGAUCGUCUGGUCGGCCCGGACCAGCUGGUCUGUAUCGAUGCUGGCGGAGAGCUCGACGGCUACGCUUCCGACAUCACGCGUGCCUUUCCGUCGAACGCCGACGGGCGCUUCUCGGAGCCGCAAAAGGACUUGUACAGUGCGGUUCUCAACGUGCUCAAGUCGUGCACGUCGCUCUCGACCGAAAGCCAAUGCUACACCUUGGCCGACCUGCAUCGACGUUCGGUCGAAUUUUUACGGCAGGAACUAAAGCAGAUAGGAUUCAACCUCACCGGCGGAUCACUGGAGCGCGUCCUGUAUCCGCACUAUAUUGGACAUUGGCUGGGCAUCGACCUGCACGACUGUGCGAGCGUGGAACGCACAACAAAGUUAGAGCAGGGCGUCGUGGUGACAAUCGAGCCGGGCGUCUAUGUGCCAUACGACAAUGCGUUCCCCAAGCAUUUCCAGGGAAUCGGCAUCAGGGUCGAGGACGAUAUCGCCGUGCAGGAAGACACCAACAUUGUGCUGUCUGCAAGUGCGCCAAAGGAAGUGUGUGAUGUAGAGGCGGCGUGUACGAGGUAUUUGGAUCGACAGCACACCAACACCGAACGCGCUUCUUGGCAGCCCAAUCUCACUUUGUAG